AUGCUUGACAAAGAUGAUUCAUCACCUCUAAAGUUUUAAGGUUAAUAACAAGAAUUUAAAAAACAGAAGAGCCAACGAUUUACUAUAUCUAAUCAAUUGAAGAAGAGUUCUACAAGAUAUUUUAAGGAGAUGAAAAGUCUUAAAUCACAUCGCAAACAAACAAUAUUAUAGACCUCAAAAAGUUUUCAACCUAAAAAAAAAAAUGAGGAGAACUCCUCAGAAUCUAGUGAAUGCGAUAAUAUUGAUGAAAAAUCACAGUUAGAAGAAAAAAAAAUAGCAGUUCCUAAUUUGAGUUUUAAAAAGGGGCUGAUGUUUUCACAUUAGCAACCAGAAUAAUUAACUCAUAAUUGUUCAGAUCUAUAACUUUUAUCAAAUAAGCAGCAUUAUUUUAUCAAAAAUAUAAAAAAAUGUUUAGGUGAUUAAAGCUUUAUUGGAGAUAUGAAUUCUUAAGAAAACUUAUUAUCUAGAGACUAAGAUUCCUUUUAGAAUAGAAGCAUCAUUAAUGGCUUAUCAAUUCAACACAAUGAAGAAAAAUAAGAAUUUUCUCCUGAAGUUGAUCCAAAAAUACUAAAAAAAUAUAAGAAACAUGCUGAACGCAACCCCUUUGAAGAUCCAUACUAUGUUGUUCUAACACCACUUCAUGGGUUAGAGCGAUUAAGAUAUGAAUUAGAUGUAAUAGAAAUCAUACUAUUUUAGAACUACAAUGACCAUUUUAAUUUUCUAAAAAUAAGAAAAUACAUAGUUUAUUCUUGUUUAUGCAUCCCUAUGCAUUUUUAAAGAAUCUUAGAUAGUGUCAUAUUUAAAAUUAUAAAUGGUAUUCUCAUUAUUUGUAAUCUAACAUUUUUUACAUUAAGUAAAUCAUAUCCACCAAUUACGAAUGAGGAAUACAAAUAAAUUAUUUUUUAUUGCUUUGCUAUUGAAAUGGUAAUCAGGAUUAUUGCAGCAGGAGGAAUCUACCCAACUAUACGUUUCAUUUAUAGCAAAGAGGACAUAUUUAAUUUAGUAUGUACAUUAAUUAGCUUUUUACAUUAUUUUUAUCCUUAAAACAUUUCUUUUGAUGUUUCCCCAUUAAGAAUUAUCACAAUAUUAUUAUAUUUGGGAGAUGGAUUACUAAGACUUAAAUAUAUGUUGAUAGCUUUAAAGAAAUCAUUAAUAUUUUUAGCUGAGGCUCUAUUUAUUUUACUUAUAUUAUCUCUCUUUUUUUCAAUUAUUGGAGUUUCUUUGUUUUAAGGAUUAUUUAAUUAUCGAUGUUAACCUAUGAUAGGGGAAAAAAUCGAUGAGUGGGUUUAAUGUUAUUAAAAUAUUUGUCCUGAUGGAAUGAUUUGUUUGUUCACAUCAGAAACACCUAAAGUUCCAACAUCUUUCAACAAUGUCAUUUUUUCUUAUGGUUAGAUUUUAAGAACCAUAACAACAGAUGAUUGGACUUGGGUGAUGUUCUUUACUAUGAGAAUAUUUCAUCCUUAAAUAUGGAUUUAUUAUUUAGGAAUUAUUUUUUUAUGUGGCUUUUUUUCGAUCAAUUUAAUGAUAGCUGUUCUUAAAAUACAUUAUUCAGAGGCAACAAUAGAAUGUGAAGAGAAUGAAAAACUAUCUAAAUAAAAAAAUGAUCAUAGUUUAAUAAGACAGGAAAUGUUUCUUAGUAAAGAUGUGAUUUCUUAUUUUGAUUUGUCAUUUUUAAGAUAUAUUGGAUUUUAUUCUGUUUUGAAAAAACAUUAACAAUUACUUAAUACUUCUAAGCCUAUAAAUGAAUUGAUUAGAUAGGAAUUUAAACAUGAAAAACUAAAUAAUUAUUUAAGAUUAUUGUCAUCUAAAUAAAAAAAAAUAAUAGAUGAAGCAAAGUAGGUAUUUAAUUAAAUAAUUUUAGAAAUAUGUAAAGAGAUCUUUUUGGAAUAAUUUAAAAAAUUUAUCUAUUAAAUAAUUACUUUUACCUAAAUUUAAGGAUCUAUAAAUAGAAUAAUAAAAAAUCAAUAUAAAGAUGUAUUCAGAUGACCCAAUUGAAAUUUCAAUACUUUUAAAAUUAAAUGAAUAUUAAUUUACUCAAUUCAACAAUUAAGUUGAUUAUCAUGUAGAUUAGAAAUUUAAAAGUCUUAAGGAUGUAUUGAUAUAAAAGAAGAGGUAUUUAUGUAUAUAAUAACUAGAAUUGGGCAUAAAGUUAAAAUAAAAAUUUAUUAUCAACCUUUGUUUACAAAUAAAGAAAUAAAAAUUGCACCACGUUAAUAAUCAGAUGUAUCCUUAAGUCGAUAUCCAAUACAUAAGAGUACUAGAAGAAUCACUGUUUAAAGAUCUUUUAGUAUUUAAGAAGAGAGUCAUGGAACAUAAUCAUUAUAAAUUAGAUCUAGAUAAAAUGAUACUUUAGGGACUAUUAAUUAAAAUUAGAGAAUGCCUUUUGAACUAAUUCGAGGAAAGAAAAAAUAUUUAUAUAUCCAAGGUUUUUAUAUAGAUUAUGAUUAAAUAUAAGAGAAAAUAAAUACAAAAAUACCAAAAACUAAGUAAAUAAUAGAUUCAAAUGAAGAAAUAUAUUUAUAAAUAUUUUAGAAAGAAAGAGAACAAAAGAUUAUUAAAUCAAAAAAUUGGUCAGGUAAUAAUGUUCUGUAACUGAAUCAUAUUAGAAUUUAAUAAUUUCAUGAAAUUUUUAAUAGUCUAAAUAAUUAUAACCCUCUUAUAUGGAUGCCAACACUUGGUGGCAAAUUGCUUAUUUUAAGAAGGUAUACUCUUAUAUUUAUUGAUAAUAAAAUCUCAAAACUUUUCUUUGAUUUUAUAAUUCUUAUAAAUUUUAUUUUUUUGUCUUUAUAUGGAAUAGUUGAUGUUAGUGUAAUUUAAAUAUGUGAAGAUAUAUCAACUAUAUUUUUGUUAAUUGAAAUUGGUAUUUAAAUGUUUACUUUUCCAUUGAAUCGAUUUUUUUCAAGUAAAGAAAAUAUACUACAGGCUAUAAUUAUGAUUACCAGUUUUAUUGAAUUUAGUUUUAGUGAAUAUUUCUAAAUAACAUAGUAAUAUUUGAGAAUGAUUAGAGGAACUAAAUGCAUUUUAUUUUAUAGAUGUUUAAAAUAUAAUUAAAUGGCUGUAUUAAUUGGUAAAAUAGCAACUAUAACAUUUAAACAAUACAUUUAUUUGACUAUAUUUAUGUUUAUAAUGAUAGCAAUAUAUGGCUUGAUUGGAAUGGAACUUUAUGCUGGAAAAUUCGAUUAAAAUGAUGCUUAAGGAUAAUUGCACUCCUUUGAUAAUCCAUUAAAGGCUGGUAUGACAAUUUUUGAUAUUAUGACAAAUGAUGAAUGGUAUGGAGCUUUUGUUCUUGGAUCUUAAAUUAAUUUGACAGCUGCCUAUAUAUUUUCAUUUUCCAUGGUUAUAAUUUUAAACUAUUUAACAUAUGGUUUAGUUUUAGCAAUUUUAUUAGAUGGAUUUGGGAGAUAUUUAGAAUAGAAAAAUGAUUUGGAAGGUAAUGAAAAUUAAAUAUUCUAAAACUAAAGUUCAAUUAAUAGAGAAGAGGAAGUACUGAAUACAGAAAUAGAUUCAAUGCAUGAUUUAAAAGUUAAAUCUUAAUUUUUUUUAUAAAUUUAAAUUUCAGAAUAAUUAGAAGAUAAAGAAUAACCCAAAAUUAAAAUAGAUAUAAUCAAAUCAUUUUAGAGAUCUUUAAGUAUUAAAUAUUUAUUAUAUUAGAGUAAUUAAGUAAAUAGAUCAUGAUGACAUAUCCAAAGUUAUAUUAAGAUAUUGAAUGUGAAACAGCCUUGUAUUUCUUUCCAAAAAACAGCCAAUUAAGAAUUAUUUGUUGCAAUAUCUGUAUGUCUAAAAUAUUUUUAUGCUUUUCUAAUAUUGUAAUGAUUUCCUCUAUUUUUAUAAUGAUUUUAAGAACUUAUCAUGAUUACGAAGAUUAAAAAAGCUCAUAUCCAUACAUAAUCCUAGCAAUUUUGAAUGUUUUUAGAUUUUUAGAGGAUAUUAUUUCAAUAAUAGCUAAAGGUCUAUUUAUGGAUAAAGGUAGUUAUUUAAAUUAUUCUUGGUAAUUAAUCGAUUUAAUUUAUUUGAUUGCAUUUUUUAUUGAUACUUACAAAUCAAAUAAAUUAAUUGAUAUCUGUUUAUUUUUUGGACAUUUUAGGCCAAUGAAACUUAUGUAUAGAAUUAAAUGGCUUGAAAAUAUAAGGGCUGCUUUAGCUUAAUCAUUAUUAGAUAUGAUAAAAAUUUUAAUAACUUUAAUAUCUGUUUGGAUAAUGUUUGGUGUUUUUGGUAUAAUUCUCUAUGAAAGUUAAUUUGGAUUUUGUGAAGAUAAGAUGCAAUUUAAUGUUAAUAUAUAGUAAUGUAAUGAAACUAAUAGAAAAUGGAUCAAUUAUAAACAUAAUUUUGACAAUAUAACUAUUGCCUUGCCAACUUUAUUUGUAGUAUCAACAUUUCGUGGAUGGGGGGAAAUUAUGUAAGUAGCUGAAAAUAGUAGAUAAAGUAAUUUAGGACCUUCUCCAUUUGCUUCUUAUUUAUCUACAUAUGCAUAUUUCAUUUCAUUUUGUUUUAUUGGUUCCAUGUUUUUUCUCAGUUUUUUUACUGGAACAUUAUUCUCUAAAUUAAGAGUAAAUUAAUAAAAAAUAGAAAUGUAAAAUAUGACUAAAUUUUAAAAAGAAUUUGUUGAACUAUGCCCUAUAAUUUUAAAAGAUUCUCCUGGAUUUUCAACUCCUCCAACUAAUCUUAUUAGAAGAUUAUCAUCAUCUAUUGUUAAUAAUUUGAUUAAUUAAAAAAUCAUGUUUUUGUUACUAUUGGUUGAUUUAAUUUGUCAGUUGUAAUAUCAUUAUGAUAUGGAUUAAGAGAAAAUAAGAAAUCUUAACCUAAUUUAGAGAUUUCUAAUUCUUUUUUAUGGAAUUUGGAUUAUUUUACUAUUUAUGUAAUUAGGUAUUAAUAGAUACUUUGAUAACUAUUGGAGAAGAUAUUAUAUUUUUUUAAUUCUCAUAUCACUUUUUGAUAUAAUUGCUGAUUUUCAAUAUGACUGGGUUAUCCUCUACUAUAAUUCAAAUGUAUAUUCAUCGAAUUAUUAAAUAUUAAGAUUAGCUUUUAUGACUAGAUAAUUUAGGCUUUUAGUAAUAUUUCAAGGAUUAAGUAAUUUAUAAAGAUUGAUCAGAGUAAUGGGUUUUGCUUUACCUUUUUUAGCUAAAUUAAUCUCAAUCUUAAUUAUCACAAUGAUAAUUUAUGCUUUAAUUGGUUGUUAAUUAUUUGGAAAAAUAAAAAAAGGAGCAGUUAUUGAUGAAUAUAUUAAUUUUACAAAUUUUGAAUAUGCUUUAUUAGCAUUAUAUAAGUGUGCCUCAGGAGAUAAUUUCAGAACAAUUAUGACUGAUACUAUGCAUCAUAAUCCAUUUUGUAAUGAAAAUCCAGAUUAUUGUGGAUCAGAGUUUAAUUAACUUUAUUUCAUUACAUUUAUGCUUAUAUCUAAUAAUGUUCUUUUAAAUUUAUUUGUUCUAGGUUUGAUAGAAUAAUUUGAGGAAUUUUUUCAGGCAUAAAAUUCAAUGAUUCAAACCUAUGUUGAAUAAAUAGAUAAAAUAAAAACUACUUGGUGUAAAUAUUCAGCUGAUAAUAAUGGUUAAAGUAUGCAUUAUAAAUUUUUAUGUCGAUUCUUACUAGAUAUUAGUUAACCAUUAGGAGGAGAAAAAGAAGAUAAUUUAUGGGAUGCUGCAAAAUUAGCAUCAAAAUUAAAUCUUAGAAGGUAUAUAUAUAUUUUAAAUAAUUAGUGAUCCGUAUGGUUAUAUUCAGUAUAAUCAAUUGUUAUAUCAUUUGUUUAGACGUUGCUAUCAUUAGGAUAUUUUCAAGGAUGGAUCUUAAGAAUCAAUUAGUAACAUUAAACAAUUCCAUAAGGAAAUGCAAAUUAGAUUAAUUUAUUAUAGAAGAAACAAAGCUUAGAAAAGGAGUAGUAUUUAUUUAAAUAAUUUACAAUUUAAAUCUAAUUUUAAUAUUCUUCAUGAUUAUCUAAAUGUUUUAAUCUUAUUUAAAACAUGGUAAUCUUACUCAAAGUUAUUAAUCUAAAAAAUUAUUAGAAGAUAAGAUUAUUAUACAGAAAGCGAUGAAAUGACAAUUGAUUUAGAGUAUUUUAAUCCAUAAUUGUAUUUUAUAUUAUUUAUUUUAGUCGACAAACUGAUUUGUAAUCUGAUGGUUUUAGUUUAAGAAGAUCAACUGACAUAAAUUUCUAAGAUAACUUAACAGGUCAUCAUGUUUCUAGAUUAAGUCAUGAGUCUUAAUAAUAAUAACCAUAAUUACCUAUUUACUAAAAUACUCUUUAAUAGGAAACAGAUAGAAUAUAUGGAGGGUUCGAUGAAAAUGUAAUUUUAGGUUUCAAAGAAAUAAGAUUUAAACAUUUUAAUAAUUGA